ACUUUGCACUCUCCUCUAGCGGCCGCCUGUCCUUUUUAAGGAACUCCACCCUAGGUGGAGUCCUCACGAUAGUCACACCUCUCCUUUGGGCCUAGCAGGGCCAGAGAAAGACGGAAUCACUCUACCCACUCAGGUUGCCCAGAGAGCACUUUAGGUUCUGACCCGCGUGGGGCGCGAGGUCCCGCGUGGGGCGCGAGGUCCCCCGUGGGGCAGCUAGGUGCCUCCAAGAAACCCCGCCCCAGAGGACCCGCACGAGUUGCUGCCAUUUUUCGCUGAAGCCCCUGCCCUGGGGCUGGUGUUCUCUAUGAUUCUACCAAUCGUCGGCAUUUUUUUCCUCCCUUCUUUCUUUUUAGGAAGGCGCUGGGGUGUGCGGCGGCAACGGCGGCGGUGAAGGGAUCCUCUUGUGGUAUCUCCUCGUGGGUUCCUGUCUUGAAGGAUUUCUUCUCCGCCUCAACUUUGUGUUCAAGAAGUGCUUUGGGGAUUGGGUUGGUUUUCAUAGCCCCCACCCCCGGCCCUCUCCUUUUAAAGGGUGUGUGGAGUUCAGAGAAUGGGUGGAGAGCGGGCUUGGCCGGAACUGAAUUGGUGGAGGUAAAAGGGGAACGGAGGACCUUAAGCUCUGGCCACUUCGGCCCAGCGAACCCACUUUAUUUUUGUCCAAGGAAAAACUGCAGGGAGGAGGAUUCUUUUUAGGAAGUCUACUCUGCCGGCCCCUGAUUUUUGGGUUGGAUGCUUGAGAGCUUUGUUUCCCUUGUUCCGAGAGUGGCCCAGCUGGGUCUGAAUCCACUCCCUCCCCUUUCGAUCCCCUCCUCAUUUUCCAGCCCGGAGAAAUAGGGGAGUGGGGGCCCAAGAACAGGAAGACGAGAACGCGUCGCCCUGCGCUAUGUCAGAAUGGGGCGGGUGUGAGGGGAACAGCUCUCUUGCGAUCAGCUCAGGAGUAUGAGCCUCCCGGAGGACGGCAUGAGUUCUGGACACUUCAGGAGUCCUCAGCUAGUGACAUGGUCGAUAUGGAUAAACUCAUAAACAACUUGGAGGUCCAACUUAAUUCAGAAGGUGGCUCAAUGCAGGUAUUCAAGCAGGUCACUGCUUCUGUUCGGAACAGAGAUCCCCCUGAGAUAGAAUACAGAAGUAAUAUGACUUCUCCAACACUCCUGGAUGCCAACCCCAUGGAGAACCCAGCACUGUUUAAUGACAUCAAGAUUGAGCCCCCAGAAGAACUUUUGGCUAGUGAUUUCAGCCUGCCCCAAGUGGAACCAGUUGACCUCUCCUUUCACAAGCCCAAGGCUCCUCUCCAGCCUGCUAGCAUGCUACAAGCUCCAAUACGUCCCCCCAAGCCACAGUCUUCUCCCCAGACCCUUGUGGUGUCCACGUCAACAUCUGACAUGAGCACUUCAGCAAACAUUCCUACUGUUCUGACCCCAGGCUCUGUCCUGACCUCCUCUCAAAGCACUGGUGGCCAGCAGAUCUUACAUGUCAUUCACACUAUCCCCUCAGUCAGUCUGCCAAAUAAGAUGGGUGGCCUGAAGACCAUCCCAGUGGUAGUGCAGUCUCUGCCCAUGGUAUAUACUACUUUGCCUGCAGAUGGGGGCCCUGCAGCCAUUACAGUCCCACUCAUUGGAGGAGAUGGUAAAAAUGCUGGAUCAGUGAAAGUUGACCCCACCUCCAUGUCUCCACUGGAAAUUCCAAGUGACAGUGAGGAGAGUACAAUUGAGAGUGGAUCCUCAGCCUUACAGAGUCUGCAGGGACUACAGCAAGAACCAGCAGCAAUGGCCCAAAUGCAGGGAGAAGAGUCGCUUGACUUGAAGAGAAGACGGAUUCACCAAUGUGACUUUGCAGGAUGCAGCAAAGUGUACACCAAGAGCUCUCACCUGAAAGCUCACCGCAGAAUCCAUACAGGAGAGAAGCCUUAUAAAUGCACCUGGGAUGGCUGCUCCUGGAAAUUUGCUCGCUCAGAUGAGCUCACUCGCCAUUUCCGCAAGCACACAGGCAUCAAGCCUUUUCGGUGCACAGACUGCAACCGCAGCUUUUCUCGUUCUGACCACCUGUCCCUGCAUCGCCGUCGCCAUGACACCAUGUGAGCUGCACAAGUCACACUAGAGAAGCUGCGCUGGUAUCUUUCCUGUUCGUGUGCUGAGGUCGGGACAAUUUUUUCCUCUUUGACUUCAGCUUGCAUAUGGGGUUGAAGCAGCCCACUGAGCCAAGUUGAGGAGACUGGAGGAAAAGAGAGCUGGUCUCCCAUGGGGCUCUUCAUAUUCUACCUUCACUUCUCCACUGUCCAGACCCGUUUUUUUCAACCUCCACAUGGGUUGAAUUCCAGUGUGGCACCCAUGGCUGCCUUCCCAUCCCCCCUGCUCUGAAAUAGGACUUUUUUCCUACAGUAACAAAACAGGAAUCAAACUCAAGGCUGUGAACAAACAUACGCUGCUUUAUUCUUUCCAAUUUUUCUCUUGUUUUCUAGAACUCUUAUCCAUAUUUUUUUUAAAUAAGUACCUAAAAGUGGUUUGAUAGUGUCCUAAAUGACUUUUUUAACUUCCUAAAUGGAAAGAGCAUAACAAUGUAGUUGAUUGGUAAGAUUUACAGGGAUUUGGUUUCUGAGUUUGAGGCACAUUCCCAGUGAAUAAGCUGAGUCCCAUACCACACUCAAAAGGUUUUAAUAAAUCUAACCCUAUUUCUUCUUAAAGUUUGGUUUUCAGACAGUGCUGGUGCUUCUGCUUCUUAAGUUCAUCAAGGGAAUGAGGAGUUCUUGUCCUUCUCCUCCUCUUUUUCUUCUUUUCCACUUUCUCCUGCAGGAUUAAAGAUUUUGCUGCACAAUUAUUAUUUGUUAGGUUAAAUUUGGACAAAUAUUCAAAGCACACAUAGACAUAUCAGUAAGGAGAAAAAUGUUCCAGGAGAGUAGGUUGGGCAGUGACAGGAACAAACAGACCUAGAAUGAUCCUGAGAACAAAUAGAGGGGUUCAUUUACUUGGAUAGGAUAUUAAAAGUGCUGUUAAUCACAAACCUCAUUCAAAUGGCAGGCUGUCGAGACAGUGUCUUGAGGGGCUGGCUGUAUUGUUUAUUUUUUCAUUUACACAAAGAAGCAAUUGAGUAUAUUGCAUGAUGAGAAAUCACACACUAGGGGCACGUUAUACAGAAGUAAGGGGUUGGAAAAACGGAAUGUUGUUCACUCCAUGGAGUUAUUGGCAUUUGUUCCAAUGUUUCAAAUGAAACAUAAGAUGCUUUUCAUGAAAACUGACAUACAAAAAGCAAUUUGAUGUUCUGCAACUGCUAUGAAAACCUAAGCCAUUUAUUUUAGCUGUGAUAGCAGAUUGCAUAAUAUACUCAUUUAGCUGCCCAAUCAUAUUGUUUUAUAAUAUUACCUGGGGUACAAAAUCCUCUGUUCCUGGCCCUGGACCACAGAUCUACCUCCACAUGGCAUAUUUCCUUUCCUGGGGUCAGGGGUGCGGGAGGGUCUUUGCAUCACUUGAAUUUGGACUCAGCCUCUCUUUUAAAGAUUGUCUUUAUAUUGAACACCUUUUUCUCUUCAACCCUGCUUGAAUACUUUAGGUUACUAUUUCCUGAGGCUGUCCAUUCUCACUAAAUUGUAGAAUUCUAGCACCAAGAAGGGAUUCCGUUAACCAUCUAGUCCUACCCAUCCCUCAUAUUUUACAGAUGAGACAAAUACGGGUCAGAUUUUUUUCUCCAAAUGUUUCUUUGAGCCCUUAUACAACUGCACGCUUAUUCUCCUAGGGAUCACAUAAUUUGAUUUAUUUAUUUUUUGAGAGACAGUUUCACUCUGUCACCCAGGCUGGAGUGCAGUGGCGUAAUCUCGGCUCACUGCAACCUCCGCCUUCUGGGUUCAAGUGAUUCUCCUGCCUCAGCCUCCCAAAUAGCUUGGAUUACAGGUGUGUGCCACCACGCCUGGCUAAGUUUUGUAUUAUUAAUAGAGAUGGGGUUUUGCCAUGUUGGCCAGGCUGGUCUCAAACUCCUGACCUCAAGUGAUGCCCCCACCUCGGCCUCCCAAAGUGCUGGGAUUACAGGUGUGAGCCAUCACGCCUGGCCAGGAUCACAUUAUUAAACCAAAUUAAAGUUUACGUGAUUGGUUGAAAUAUUUGUCUAAUUUUAUAUGUUAUUCUUCAGAAAAACUUUAGAACUCAAUAAUCAUUUACAGCUGAUUAAAUAGCAAGUAAAAUGUACUUGUGGUCAUUACCAUAUAACAUUAGGCACAUGCUUCUAGCACUUCUAUAAUAUCUAGAUUUUAUUUACCUCAUUUUAACUUUCAAUGUCUGUCUAGCUCAUGAACUCUCCAUAAAUCCAAGAACUGCCUGUAGUUUUCAAAAUGACACGUGGGUUUUUACUGUUAUCAUUGUUAUUUUGAUAGGGCUUUUUCCGGAUUUUGGGUAUACACGUUCCCAACUUGCAUAAUAAUUGCUAAUGCACUAGGCGAUAUCUAGGGCCAGUCUGUUAAAGGGGACCUCUAAUGUAGCUGUAAGACAGAUUGGUAAAGAUGAACUAACAAGUUUAAGCUAAUAAUUCAGUAGUUGAUGCAGUAUUUCACAGUAGAGCCUGAGCUUACUCAUUUUCUUCAAAAUUUGGAUCCUGAUAAUCCUUUUUCAGAGUUCAGAACUUAACUGCUCCCCUAAGACCUCAGAAUCUUUUGCAUUGAGACAUAUGAUCUAUUUAUAAAUAAAGGUUAUCAAAUAUCUUGUUGAACUAAUUAGGUUGAUCAAAUUAGGAUCCCAAAUAUUGGGGUCCCUGACAUCUGAGCCUUUAUCUAAAAAUGUUUCUGUAACAUAAUGACAGCUUUUAUGUUUGUUAAUUGCCUAUAGUAAAGAAGCAAUUUUAAGCCUAUUCUCAUUUCCCUCUCCCCUCCAAAAAAUGAUAAAAGCUUUCCAAUUACUUACAUAUGCUCUAAGAAGUGUCUCAGGAUUCAUUAACAGAAUUUUAUAGAGUACAGGAAUUCAAAUAUAGCACAGUGCAGAGUUUACCAAAAACACAUAAAACUUUGCUAGAUAGACAGUGAGGUGGAAAGGAACUAAAAUGUAUCUCUCUUGAAUAGCAUUUGGGGUUCAAUUGAAUUUGUUGUGUUUACAAUAGCAAAGCACCUUUAGCCUGGACAGUUGCUUAGGGCAUCGAUAGGAUUGGAUAAUAUUAUGGGAUUUGUUGCAGCUGAAUUCCUCUAUCUGAUGAUCAGCAGUUGAACAUAAACUUCAUAAUUAUAGUAAAAUUGAGGAAAAACUAUGAGUGUGAAGAGUAUGAACUGAUUGGGUAGAUUAGGCAGAGUGCAUUAUGGGCAAGACAAAGGUUUUCGAUAUUAACUUCUUUUAAAAUAAACUUUUUAUUUUCAAACAGUUUCAGAUUUACAGAAAAAAUGUGAAGCUAGUGCAGAGAGGUCUCAUUUAGCCCACACCCAGUUUCUCCUAUUAUUAACAUCUCACAUUAGUAUGUGGUAUAUUUGUUACAAUUAAUGAAACACAUUGAUAUGUUAAAAUUAUUAACUGAAGUCCAUACUUUAUUCAGGUUUCUUUAGUUUUUACCUAAGAUCCUUUUUAAAGAAUUGUUUUGGCCAGGCACUGUGGCUCACACCUGUAAUCCCAGCACUUUGGGAGGCGGAGACGGGCGGAUCACGAAGUCAGGAGUUCGAGACCAGCCUGGACAACAUGGUGAAACCCCGUCUCUAUUAAAAAUACAAAAAAUUAGCCAGGUGUAGUGGUGGGUGCCUGUAAUCCCAGCUACUUGAGAGGCUGAGGCAGGAAAAUUGCUUGAACCUGGGAGGCGGAGGUUGCAGUGAGCCGAGAUCAUGCCACUGCACUCCAGCGCGGGUGACAGAGCGACACUCCAUCUCAAAAAAAAAAAAAAAUUGUUUCAGCAUCUUGUUCAGGAUUCCACAUUACAUCUAGUAGUCAUAUCUCCUUAGGAUCCUUUUGAUUGUGACAGUUUCUCAGACUUUCCUUGUUUUCAGUGAUCUUGACAGUUUUGAGAGAGAUUUUCCUCAACUGAGAUUUGUCAACUGUCUUUCUCAUGAUUAGACUGAGGUUAUGAGUUUUUGAGAGUAGGACCACGGAGAAGUGCCAUUUUCAUCACAUCAUACAGGCAUACUUUGGAGACAAUGCAGAUUUGGUUCCAGAUCACUGCAACGAAGCAAAUAUUACAAUAAAGCAAGUCACACAAAUUUUUUGGUUUCCCAGUGCAUAUAAAAUUUUACGUUUACACUAUCCUGUAGUCUGGUAAAUGUGCAAUAGCAUUAUGUCUAAAAAACAAUGUACAUACCUUAUUUUAAAAUACUUUAUUGCUAAAAUGUUACUGGCACAAACACAAAGUGAGCACAUGCUGUUGGAAAAAUGGUGCCAAUAGACUUGUUGGUCACAGGGUUGCCACAAACUUUUAAUUUGUAAAAAAUGCUAUAUCAGCAAAGUGCAAUAAAGUGAAGCACAAUAAAACGAGGUAUGCCUGUAUUUACAUGACUCAUCACUGUUGUUUAACCUUGAUCACCUGGCUGAAAUAGUCGUUGUCAGGUUUCUCCCCUGUACUCUUUUCCUCCCCUCCAUACUGUACUCUCUGAAAGGAAAUCACUAUGUGCAGCCCAUGCUUCCGGAGUGGUAAGUUAUAUGCCACACCCUUCAGAGCACGUAUCUUACAUAAAUUAUUUGGAAUUAUUCUCUAAGGGAGAUUGUCUCUUCUCCCCCAUUUAUUUAUUUAUACAAUAUUUAUAUCAGCAUGGACUCAUGGGUAUUUAUUUUAUACUUUGAGUUAUAAUCUAAUACUACUACUUUAUUUUAUUGCUCGAAUUGUUCCAGCUUUGGCCAUUGGGAGCUCUUUUGGGUGAUUUUCAAGUCCUUUUGACACACCCCCAUCAUUUUUUUUAGCACGUCCUUGCUUUCUGCCACUGCAAGAUGUUCCAGGCUCAUCUUGUAUAUUUUGUGGCCUAUUCCUAUAAUCAGCCAUUUCUUCAAGAAGUCCUGGUUUCUUUUACUGGAAAAUUGUAUUAGAAACCAAUAUCUGGGCAUUAGGUAUGCUCACUGUUACUGGGCUAUUGUUGCUUCUAGGGCGUCUCAGCUAACAGAGCAAGGAAACAUAUGUGUGUAUACUAUCCUAUGUAUAUGCACAUUCUAUAAAUAUUUCUAUAUGUAAUCACCCAGAUUUUUAUUUAGCUAAACAUGAGUUCAUAUUGAUGUUUUCAACUCUAACCUGUUACCACGUGAAUCAUUCUAGCUUCUUCCUGUUAGUUACAUGAAGCCUCCCACACUAAUACUGAGAAACCUGGCUCUCAACCUCUGUCAUCUAUUUACUUAAUUUUUCAAAUUCAGUGUGCACAUAUAGCAGUAUCUGAAUUGUUAACCUGUAUACCCAUGGGAAACAACUUUAUCAACUACAGCACAGUGUGUAUGUACAUAAAAAUAGUAAUAUUUUUAGAACUCCAACAGCUCUUUGAAACAAAGUGGUCUGCAAAAUUCUGGAAUUAGGGAUUUCUGUGAUCUGAGUUCCAAGAUUCUGGGGUCUAUCCUGCCCCCAAAAACUUUUUUCAUGAACCAAACCAUCAAGAAUGUACCUAACCUUAAAUAAGCCAAGGGAAGUUACUGAUGCUCCACAGUUUGCUAAUUCUUGUAUGAGGUACUAUAGAGGGAUGGAUAUAGGAGGAACUGGGUGGGCCAAAUUUAAAUAAACACAUAGCACUAUAUUUUCUCACUGUUAAAUAUAGCUCUCUAACAACAGUGAUGAUACCCUGAGUUACCUCUCUUCUGUAUUUUCCCAGGUCUCACUUGGUUGACCUUAGGCAAGUCAUAUCACCUCUCUGUGCCUCAAUUAAUCCAUUUGCAAAAUGGGGAUCUCAAUAUCUACCUCACAGGAAUGUUGUGAGGCUUCUCAUAAAUUGAUUUUGGCAAAAAUGAUGAAAGAUCUUUAAGUGAACAGCCAAGUAUUAUAACCAUUAUUAUAAUGAUAGUUACAGUACCUUAUAUUUACCCUAUGUAAAAGAGAAGAUUAGGCUUCCUAGGUGAUAAACAGAUAAAUUUGAGUAAGAAGGAUAAUUAAAGAGUGGCCACUGGAAGCAAUAUUAUUUAUUCUCUUACUUUCACUUUCCCUAUAUCUUCUUUGUUACUAACAAUAGGAUUAUCAUCUGUUUCCAUACUGGAAAUGUAUUAGGACCUAAAGGAAGAGGUAGGCAAAAUUCAUUGCUUCAGAAGCUGUAUUCUUCCCCCUUUGUAACUCUGCUUGGACCACAUUCCAUGUCACAUUCUCAGAGGCACAAAGGCAAUUUUCCAGAGCCCUUUAAGCUUUGGCCAGUUCAGUUUCACCACUUAUAUUUUCUCUUUCCCAACUUACUUUACUCUGAAUAGUAUAGGUAGGAGAAGGGAAGUUGGGUAGGGUGGUUGGGGGUGGGAGUGGGUUGGAAGAGGAUGGGAUUUAUACCAGUGGCAGGAUAUUUCUUUGUUUUCCAAACACUGGUUUUAAUUUCCAUUUCCUUUUCUGGUGUUGGGGUGGGGUCAGGGGAAGAGAUACUAUUUUGUUAACUGUUAAAAGCUCUCCUUCCUUUCCUAGAGUCGCUACAAGUAGCUGUGUUGGACAUUACUUUAUAACGAUGCUGUAUGCAGUGCUGUUUUCAUUGUAUCACAGAAUUAAAAGGGUAAGAGAGUUCCUAGUGGUGUCCAUCCCUGUUUUUUGACAGGCAGUCACACAGGUGAGCAGUGCCAGAAACUGGUUCUCUUUUUUGUGUUGGGGAAAGGAGCCUGCAGUGAAAGGAUCAGCUGGAUUUUUUGUCAUUGUUAGUUUGUUUAAAUAAAUUAUAAGACAGUAUAUUAAGCUUUAGUCACUGUAACUCUUAUGUUUGUGCCUCAUUAUUUUAGUGCUUUAGAGAAACACCUUGUUUUUCCUCUACUUUAUACUAGUUCUUGCUCCAGAGGCAUGGCUUUGAGGCUAGAAUCAUGAGCAAUCUCUCAUAAACAAGUCUGUUAUGCACCUGGAGAUACUCAAGAUUUGCCUCUGUUAGCAUGGCCACUUAGAGAUUACUCUGUUCUACUUCAGAGACUCUCCACUAUGGCAUCCAUGCAGGGUGUGUGCUUGGAUACUAAGCAAUCUUGUUCAGUAUAAUUAUUGUACUUUUUUAUUAAUAAAAAGAUCUUAAACUUCAGAAA